AUGAAACUAAUUCAGAUUGUUCGAUAUAGAAUUAAUACACAUGUACUUAACUAACUAAAGCAAAUUGUUAUGUCAAUAUAUCUACUUCCCUUUGUUCUUCCUUUAAUCUUCUCUUUGCAAGAUGUACUCAUAUUAAUUAAUAAAAAUUAUAUAUUUAAUCUAAUUUUGAGAGAUAUAAAUGGGAUAGUGCUAAUAAUUAAUGCUUAAAGGUUAUUUAUGUGA